AUGAUUUACUCAACCAUUGAAAGAUACGUGUUCAUUAUUUUGAAAAGUAAAAGUUUAGUUCAACGAGCAAAAACCAUGUCAGGUAACAAGUACUCCAUUAUUCUCCCAACGUACAAUGAGAAGGAAAACCUUCCCAUCAUUACAUAUCUCAUUGCAAAAACAAUGGAAUCCAAUAAACUCGAUUGGGAAGUUGUUAUUGUUGACGAUGCAUCUCCAGAUGGAACACAAGAUGUUGCUAAACAAUUGAUCCAGCUGUAUGGCGAUGAUCAUAUUCAGUUAAGACCACGUGCUGGUAAGUUAGGUUUAGGCACUGCCUACAUGCAUGGAUUGAAGUUUGUCACUGGUAAUUUUGUCAUUAUCAUGGAUGCAGAUUUCUCUCACCAUCCUGAAGCAAUUCCUGAAUUUAUCAAGAAGCAAGGCGAAGGUGACUAUGAUAUUGUUACAGGUACUAGGUAUGCAGGCAAUGGGGGUGUUUAUGGUUGGGAUCUUAAGAGAAAACUCAUCUCAAGAGGAGCUAAUUUCCUAGCAACCGUCAUUUUGAGACCUAAUGUUUCAGAUUUAACAGGUUCUUUCAGAUUAUACAAAAAGGACGUAUUGGCGAAAAUCAUUGAAGUUACCAAGUCUAAAGGGUAUGUUUUCCAAAUGGAGAUGAUGGUAAGAGCAAGAGCUUUAGGUUUUACUAUUGCAGAAGUUCCAAUCUCCUUUGUUGAUAGAAUUUAUGGUGAUUCUAAAUUGGGAGGUGAUGAAAUCGUCGGUUAUUUAAAGGGUGUCUGGACUUUGUUCACUAGUGUUUGA